AUGCGCACAGCUGAUAAAGUAGAAACUGCUCCUGAGGAUUCAGAUUUGGACGACGAGCGCAGGGAGAACGAGGCCCUCCUCCAGAGCAUUGGAAUCUCACCCAAACCUCCAUUAGUCCCAACACCAAUGUCCCCAUCAAAAUCAAUGAGCACACCCAUAGACAGCCAAGACUCAGUUGAUAGAGCAGCUGCUGGCAGGUACAGGACCUUGCAGUGGGACACUGACCCCUCUGUUCUUCAGCUUCAGGCUGACUCUGAGCUCGGGUAUCUCCUCCUCUCUUUCUUUCCUUCCAAACGCACAGAUUGGGAUUUCCUGCACAGAGAAGUGGUGUCCUACUGUAAAGAGACUGAGACACAGCUAGCAGCUCAUUUAUCUGAAGUAGAAGAUGAAGAGAAGGAUGAAGAUAUCACAGAAACGAAAGCCACCCGCGGGAGUUCCUCAUCUUCUUCGACAGCAGUGGACGAGACCUAG